GUUCUUAUUAUAUGUGAUUUAAUUACUGCUUAAUUGAUUCUGGCCCUUUGUCUCUCGUAAGAAAGGAUAUCAAUCAUCAAACAUGGCACGUACUCCAGUAAGGUUGAAUGUUUACGACAUGUACUGGUUGAACGAUUAUGCCUCCACUCUUGGAUUUGGAGUAUACCAUACAGGCAUUGAAGUAUAUGGUGUUGAAUAUGCUUAUGGUGGACACCCGUUCCCAUUUUCUGGAAUUUUCGAAAAUUCACCGAGAGAUGCAGAAGAGUUGGGUGAGAAUUUUAAGUUCAAAGAAAGUAUCCUUAUUGGCGAGACCGAUUUCAAUGCUACUGACAUAAAACAUCUUAUCCAGAUGUUGGGAAGUGAAUACAGAGGCGACAAAUAUCAUUUAAUUUCAAAAAAUUGCAAUCAUUUCACAGCUGCUUUGGCUAAGACACUGACCGGAAAAGAGAUACCAUCUUGGGUAAAUCGACUUGCUACCGUAUCACAUUCAAUACCGUUUUUGGAGCGUUGUUUGCCGCGAGAAUGGUUGACACCCGUGGCGUUACAGCACUGUUUGGAGGAAAGACGAAGAAGUGGGAAUUAUACUUCUAUUGAACGUGAUCAGGAAACUACUGAACAAUCAAGCAGCAGCGGAAGACGUGGCAGCCUGCCUCUUGGUGGCAGUAUCGGAACAAAAUUAUUGGCUGGUAACUUAACGACCAAUUGUUCAGCUUCAACAAAUCUUCUGAAUGCUGCAGAUGCGGGACGCUCCUGUAGUCCAGUGCCACAUUUAUCAAAAAUUUGGAAUUCAAUCAAAAAUUUUACCAUUGAUAGCACUCAGUCAACAACAGAUGUUUCUUCGUCAUCCAGUUCUCAAUCCAUUCGUGGGAAAGAAGGAAAGUAAUUGUUCCACCAUUUGCAUCUAAUUGAAAGCCUUACAGUAUAUAUUACACUUACUUUUGUUCUUUUAAAAUCUGAUUUUAUUUCCACAACCUG